UGUUGACAGCUGCUAAGCAAUGAAUUUUUAACGUGGUUUUGUCUUUUAUACUAUUUUUGAUAAAAAUGCAGAAUUGUUAUAGUUCAAAUCGUAUUCCGAGGGAAAACAUGCAUGAUCAAGAUGAACGACUGACUAAAAAGCAUAUAGAAACCCUAGGGUUUGUCAAAGAAAUAGCAGAAGAGAACAAAGUGUUGAAGCAGAAAAUUGAAGAAUAUGAGCUAAAGACAUUAAAGUGUGCAGAGUUACAUGCCCUUGCAGAAGAGAGCCAGGAGAGGAUAAAGAAGAUUCAGGAGCAGUACCUUAAGAGAGCUGAUGAGAUCAAUGCUAUGAUGGCAGAGAAGCAUAAGAAUGAGAUGAUGUAUGCCAUUGAAGAAAAAUUAGACAUGGAGAAGAGGAAUAAUGAUGAAAUUGCUAGACUCAAGGCUCGGAUUCAGGAACUGGAGAAAAUUAACAAAGAACUUCUUAGUAAAUUGAAUAAGAUGUCAGAGUCUGAUGAAAAAUUCAAUAUCCUUCAAAUGAAACUGGAUGAAGAAUCUAGGAAUUCAAGAGACCUGAGAACUGAAAACAAUACUCUGAGGGAAGCUAUAGAGGCUUUAGAACAAAAGAAUCUCUACCUCUUAAACCACAACGAGUCAGAACAACUUGCCAGGAGAAAUAAAGAACUGAAACAAGAAAUUCAAGAGCUAGUUCAAAAGAACACAGAACUGAACUACCGUAUCAGCCACCUGGAAAAGGAAGCAAGUGACAGCAAGAUGGACGAAGAAAAAGUCAAACUCAUUGAAAAUCUCAAAGUGAAAAUUACACAAAUGCAGACAGAAAGAGGAAUUGCCAACGAAAGAGAACGACAUUUUGAAAAAAUGAUUAAACAACUGCAAAAUGAAGUGGAAACGUCAAAAGAACAGCUUGUCCAAACAGCAUUAUCAAAACAGAAACUCUUUGAGGAAUACCAAAAAGUUUUGAAGGAGUUAGAAAAACUCAAAAAACAGUAUGCAAUAGAUAGCCACCAGAAAACAUUUAAAGACUUUGUUCAGUUAAAGAGACAACUGAAUACAGUGAAAAAUGAAAAUGAGGACCUUAAACAGAAAGCCAAAGGGACAGGUAGUCUGCCAACUCUAAAAGAUGAAGCUGUUACCAGUAAAAACAAUAGUCAUUUAGGUAGGCCAUCUUCACUGAAGGCAGUAACUAAUGGCCGAAGGUGAUCAUCCCUAUCUGUUAGCCCUGAAUGAAAUGCCAGUUGUUUCCAUUUACCAUGUAGAUAGGAAAUGGGUAUUUUUUCCCCCCUUGCCCUUUGAUAUUCAUUCCACUUCAUGACUUCUAAUCAAUAUCUCUUAUGAAAAGUAAGCUAGCAGAUUAAAUGCAGGUAGAAUGUUACCUGAUU